AUGAACGUUCCCAAGUCUUUCCUCCUCGGCUUUAUAUUACUAGCAACCAAUGGCAUUACCCUCGUGAACGCUGCCGCCUGGGUUGCUGGGUUUCAAUCUACAGGGUUCGUCGGGUGGAAUUUGCGUCAGUACACCCAUCUCUUCGAGGGCAACCCCCGGGAAGUCGCGUCGCUCAUUGGCGCAGAUCAAAAUUCCCUUCCUGGCGUGGUGUGUGGGACAUGGACAGAGUUCAAGAUUAUAGGGAAUUCGAAUCCAGGUUGGUAG